CCUGCAGCCCGCGGGAGGAGGAGGAGGAGGAGGAGGGCGAGGGGGGGCGAGAAGAUGCCGGGGAAGCUGAAGGUCAAGAUCGUGGCAGGGCGCCAUUUGCCGGUGAUGGACCGCGCCAGCGACCUGACCGACGCCUUCGUGGAGGUGAAAUUUGGAAAUACAACAUUUAAGACAGAUGUGUAUCCCAAAUCACUUAAUCCUCAGUGGAAUUCUGAGUGGUUCAAAUUUGAAGUAGAUGAUGAAGAGCUACAGGAUGAGCCUCUCCAGAUCACAGUUCUUGAUCAUGACACCUACAGUGCCAAUGAUGCCAUUGGCAAAGUGUACAUAGAUAUUGAUCCUUUGCUCUAUAGUGAAGCAGCUACAGUUAUUUCGGGAUGGUUUCCAAUUUAUGAUACUAUUCAUGGUAUACGUGGGGAGAUCAACGUGGUGGUGAAAGUAGAUCUCUUCAAUGACUUAAACAGAUUUAGGCAGUCAUCCUGUGGAGUCAAAUUCUUUUGCACUACAUCUAUUCCUAAGUGUUACAGAGCAGUAAUAAUUCAUGGAUUUGUGGAAGAACUUGUAGUUAACGAAGACCCAGAAUACCAGUGGAUAGACCGAAUUCGUACUCCAAGGGCAUCAAAUGAGGCCAGACAAAGACUUAUUUCACUCAUGUCAGGUGAACUGCAAAGGAAGAUUGGCUUGAAGGUGCUUGAAAUGAGAGGAAAUGCUGUUGUUGGUUAUUUGCAGUGUUUUGAUUUGGAGGGAGAGUCUGGACUGGUAGUGCGAGCCAUAGGAACAGCCUGCACGUUGGAUAAAUUAAGUAACACAUCAGCAUUUUUACCUGCAUGUAACUCCCCAUCCAAAGAAAUGAAGGAGAUUCCUUUCAAUGAAGAUCCCAAUCCCAAUACUCAUUCAUCAGGACCCUCCACCCCUCUGAAAAACCAAACCUAUUCCUUUUCACCUUCCAAGUCCUACAGUCGACAGUCCUCUUCUUCUGACACAGAUUUGAGUUUGACACCCAAAACUGCACCUUCCCCACAGGGACCUAGGAUUUUCCUGUUUCCCAGCUCCCCUACACUCUCUUGUGAUUCCCCACAUCUUAAAAAGUCCUGUCUCCUCCUCUCGGGGUCUAGCAUUAAACCUCUACACUCUAGCCAUGUCAGCCCAGUUGUUCUGAGGAAAAGUGUUUCUUUCACUGAAGAGCUGCUUCUGGCUGCUUCUGGAAUGGGCAGUGGGAGUGCUGGAAAAGAAGGGGGGCCAUUUAAAACUCUUUUAAGACAACAGACUCAGUCAGCUCUGGAACAAAGGGAAUUUCCAUUUUUUACCCUGACGACCUUUCCACCAGGCUUUCUUGUCCACGUUGGUGGCGUUGUCAGUGCACGGUCUGUGAAGCUGCUGGAUCGCAUCCACAAUCCUGAUGAACCAGAGACACGAGAUGCAUGGUGGGCAGAAAUCAGACAAGAAAUAAAAUCCCAUGCCAAGGCAUUGGGUUGUCAUGCUGUAGUGGGCUACAGUGAAUCAACUAGCAUUUGUGAAGAGGUCUGUAUUUUGUCCGCGUCUGGCACAGCAGCUGUACUGAACCCUAGGUUCCUUCAGGAUGGCACCAUGGAAGGCUGUUUGGAACAAAGGUUGUCAUGGCAGCCUGGCUUCUUUUCCAUAGGGUCAGAGAAGGGAGAGGUUGAUUUUUUUCCUCAGAGCCAAGAUAGUUCUUCUCUAUUAGGGAUUGAAGAAGCUUCACCACCAGGUUGUGGAUUUUGCCAUAUACCAUAUGAUGAAUUGAACAUGCCAUUCCCUGCUCACCUCACUUACUGUUACAACUGCAGGAAGCAAAAAGUUCCUGAUGUCCUUUUCACCACAAUUGAUCUUCCAGUAGAAGCAAUAGUUAUUGGGAAGGGAUGUCUUAUUCAAGCCAGGUUAUGCCGCCUGAAGAAGAAAGCUCAAGCUGAAGCAAAUGCAACCUCUAUCAGUAACCUCCUGCCAUUUAUGGAAUAUGAAGUGCACACACAGCUGAUGAAUAAACUGAAGCUGAGAGGAAUGAAUGCUCUGUUUGGGCUGAGAAUCCAGAUCACCGUGGGGGAAAAUAUGCUAAUGGGGUUAGCAUCUGCAACAGGUGUUUAUCUAGCAGCUUUGCCAACACCUGGUGGUAUUCAGAUUGCUGGGAAGACUCCAAAUGAUGGCACCUAUGAGCAGCACAUAUCUCAUAUGCAAAAGAAAAUAAAUGACACGAUAGCGAAAAACAAGGAACUUUAUGAGAUUAAUCCUCCGGAACUACCUGAAGAAAUCAUAGGGUCUCCCAUUCCAGAGCCAAGACAACGUUCCAGGCUAUUAAGAUCCCAGUCAGAAAGCUCUGAUGAAGUUACAGAGCUUGACCUUUCACAUGGGAAAAAGGAUGCUUUUGUCUUGGAGAUUGAUGAUACAGAUGCAAUGGAAGACGUACAUUCUUUACUGACAGAUGUUCCACCACCUUCUGGUUUUUACAGUUGCAACACGGAAAUUAUGCCUGGUAUAAAUAACUGGACACCGGAAAUUCAAAUGUUCACAGCAGUAAGAGUAUCCAGAUUAAGCAACAUUAAUCCAACAAAUCAAACACUUAAUAAGAACUUUAAUGAUCUCUGUGAGAAUCUGUUGAAGAGCUUGUAUUUUAAACUCCGAUCUAUGGUUCCCUGCUGUCUUUGCCAUGUAAACUUCACAGUUGCUCUACCAGAGGAUGAAUUAGUUCAGAUUGCAGUCACAGCUGUUGCAAUUACAUAUGACAAAAACCAAGCGUUACAAGCCAACAAAGCCCCUACAGAAAAGUCACAACAAAGAGCAUCUACAGAUAAUGAAGAACAGCUACAAUUUCCAUUGGAACUUUGCUCUGAUCCACUUGCUUCUCAACCAUUCUCUCCAGCUAAAGAAACCUUGGAGGGUGCAAGCUCCCACACAGGUAUUCCUGCUGCUCAGAGAGCAACGUCAGUUGAUUACAGUUCCUUUGCAGACAGAUGCAACAACUGGAUAGAGCUCAUUAAACUGAAAGCUCAGACCAUAAGGCGCGGAUCAAUUAAGACAACUGCUUCACUUGAUAAAGCAAGUCCACUGGCUGAGGGAUACUUACGGCACCGUUCCGUUCCGUCGUGCACCAAUUCUACCGUCUCAGUUGUUAAGAUGACACCUCUUUCUUUUCUGCCUGGGGCUAAAAUAACCAAAUACCUUGGGAUAAUCAACAUGUUUUUUAUACGAGAAACCACUUCUUUGCGUGAGGAGGGUGGUGUCAGUGGUUUUCUCCAUGCUUUUAUUGCUGAAGUGUUUGCAAUGGUGAGAGCUCACGUUGCAGCUCUAGGGGGGAAUGCAGUUGUCUCCUACAUAAUGAAGCAGUGUGUUUUCAUGGAGAAUCCAAACAAAAAUCAGGCUCAGUGUUUAAUAAAUGUCAGUGGCGACGCCGUCAUAUUUGUCCGUGAGUCUGAGCUGGAAAUGUUACCAGCACAGCCUUCUACGGCUGUUCCUCAGCCCACAAGUUCUGCAGGAGAUGUCACAACAUGAAGACAGAAAAAGUGGAAUAGUCUCUGCCAAAUAUGAAGAUUAUUUAAAAGUGUGGGAAUGUUUAGGUUUGCAUCUUCAAAAUCAGUCUCCGUAACAUUCAUAACCAAAAUCCAAGACAAUCACCUUUUUUUUUUUUUUUGUGGUUUAACUUUAUGUAAGAGUCAGGGCAGGGUACUGGCUGGUGUGCACUGGUUCCUUUGUUGCAAUUCCAGGCUGCAGUGAAACCUAGGGAGCAAGUGAAGCACUGAUAAGAGUGUGGAUUAGAAUAGCAGGCAUCACAUGGAACUGUGGAAUUAAGCAAAAAUUCUGUUGUAUUUUUGAGCUGUUCAACAGGACCACAGUAAGUUGUAAUUCAGAACCACUUCUGAAGUUGGGUGUCAUAUGAGCUGACUUUCUGUUCAAGGUGGGAAGGAGGUGAUUGUGUUAGCAGCCUUUGUCCAAGGACCAAGAGAUUUGUAUCCAGGCCAAGAAAAUGCAGGCUGGAGCCUGAAUUUCCCUUGGACUGUAGAGUGUGAAGAGGAAAAAGCAGCACCAAAAAGUCACAGUUUAAAUUUCUGCACAAUAAAACUAUUUUUUCCUUUUUUCUUUUUUUUUUCUUUUUUUUUUUUUAAUGUUGGGGUUUUUGUUUUGUUUUUAUUUCUGUGGACUGUUUGUGAACUGCUGGCUUAUUUUUUUUAUAAUCAUUACUAUACAGCAGAUGUUUGGGGUGGGUAUUUGAGAGAGUUUUUUUAAUUUUUUGUUUUGUUUUGGUUUUUUGCUUUUGUUUUGGUUUUGUUUGUUUGGGUUUUUGUUUGUUUGUUGUUUGUUUGGGGUUUUUGGUUUUUGUUUUCGUUUUUUGUUUUUUUUUCGUUUUUUGUUCUUUGUUUUUAAAAAGCUGCUAGACCACAGUGCAGUGUUCCUGGGCAUGUCUAUCACGGGGAAAAAAAAAAAGAACAAAAAGUUCCAAAGUGUGUUUGGUGCUAUUAAAUGAUGUUCACUUCAAUAUUGACAAAACAAGUCUUUCUGUUAUUUAAGGUUUUGUAGAAGAAUUGUCCUGAGGUUCAUUUUCUUAAGGCAUGAAUGAUCUCUUGCAAGGAUGACAUAAACUGUCCCCCAAAAGUCAGUUGUGCAGAGGUUAUUCUGCAGCUUCCUUCCCAUUAAACAUGUGGGAAAUGCCUGGCUGAUUGGACAUUGGUUUAUGUCUGUGACACUGGUUUCUGCAGGUUGGUUUUGUGAAGGGGGUUUUGUUUGGGGUUUCCUGUUUGGUUUUGUUCUUUUCCAGUGGAAAUGAAGGUACUGCAAAGAAAGGACAUUUGUCGUUUCCAGUAAAUGUCUGAAAGGUGGUGAUAUUUUAAUGUUAAAAAAAAUGCAAACUUUGAUUUGAAGAUGCAUUCUUACUUAAUUCUGACAAUAUCGUACAUGGAACUUGAACAAAGGUGUAAACUUGAAUGUAAAUAUUCUGUUUAGUGUUGAAAUUAUACAAUGGCAUGAUUAUUUGUUAAAACUAAUUAUUUCAUUGUAAAUGAGCAUGAAAAUCAUUCUUGCACAAUAAAUUUCUUUAUAAAA